UGUAUGGUCGUCCAUCGCCUCCUUCACCGAGGUCGGCUUUCCCCUACAACUAGACUUGACAUUUAUCUACCUCAUUACUCAACCAAUAUUCAUUAAUGAAGUCAGUAGAGAUGGUGUCGAGGGUGUAUAUAAGGCGAUAAACAAUGCAACGAACAAUCACUCACCAAUUAAACCAAUCUAUUCGACAUGAACUUCCGAAUCCCUCAACAAGCAGCCUUCUUUUACCAAGGAAAAUGGAACCGAAAGAUGGAUACCCUCCUUCUUUCGACUAUGGUGAAUCUGAGAGGCGGGGUCGGGAAUGGCACGACGAUUGCGCAACCGAUGAAGUGCUUCGCAUUCUCCGUGGAGUGAUCAAUCCUCCAUUUGGCGCGAACCUUUCCACUGAUGACAUAGCAGUCCGAGUGAAAGUGAUGAAGGCCCGGUACUUGACGUUCAAGAAAGUCACCCGGACCAACGGAGCGUAUUGGAAUAUGAAAGAGAAGAUGGUGGAGGCCGACGCUUCCACAUGGAAGGUGAUUUUCCAGAAUGAUGCCUCGGCGGGUGCAUGCUACUACCGUGAUGAACCCGAAUUCUGCUUCCUAGCUAGUUUGUUUGGCUUGUUCGAUAUCAAAGACAAUAUCCCUCACGAGGUUAUCACCCUAUAGGACAACACCGAGGUCAUCGUGUUAAGUGAUUCGGUGGUUCCCGACGCUCCCAUCCGUGGGAUACAAUUCCAUUCACCGGCCGACUUACACGAGGUAACUUCGCCAAUGUCGGGCCCAUCCACACGAGUUCGUCGAAAACUAUUUGAUGUGGGUGGUCCAUGCUUUGAUGAGGAGUCGUCUACCAUAGCUCCGGCACGAUUUAAACAGUCGGCGAAGGUGGUUUUAGGCUCGCCUAAAAGGUCUUCGUGCGCGUCAUGGAGUCCUUGCUCUAUUUCACGUUGAACACUCCCGUAAAUGGCAUGGUUUAGGGCCAUGGUAAGGGUUGCAUUAUCUUGUGUGUUUUGUGGUUUAGUAAGUUCUAGGUAUCUGUUUAUUUAACUUUAUUCUAUGUAGUUGGAAGUAGCUGAGCUUUUGGUGGUGGAGGUUGUUGUGUGUGUUGUAGCGUUAAUUACCUAUGCUUUCCGUUAUGUCAGUGAGGUUUGUAGUGUUAUUUGA